AGAGAGAGAGGAGGAAGAGAGAGAGGAGGAAGAGAGAGAGGAGGAAGAGAGAGAGGAGGAAGAGAGAGAGGAGGAGGAGGAGGAGGAGGAGGAAGAGGCAUAUAGCUAG